UGGGAGUAAUGGGGGCCUAACCUAUCAGCUGUCACACAAAAAUUGAUUUGUGUAGUAAGUAGCAAGUAAUAUUAUUUAAGCGUACUUUGCCCUCACAUCAUCAUUAAACGAUAAUGUGUACGCUAAGGACUGAGUAUUAAUUUAAUAAAACACUUGCUUGGUGAAUAUAAAUUCUCAUUGCUAUCAAGUCCACUCAGCUCUGGUCUGGUAUUUAAUAGUCAUUUAUAUAAUUAACUGGAAUAAAUAAUAAUGGGCAAUAAAUCAAGUCUGCUUUUGCGCGAGGAGGAAAUUGCACAGAUCCAAGAAGCCACUGGAUUUACUCCAAAUCAAAUAGAACGACUGUACAGCAGAUUUACGAGCCUAGAUCGGGGUGAUUGUGGCACUCUGAGUCGGGAAGACUUCCUGAGGAUUCCUGAGCUGGCUAUAAACCCGCUAGGUGAAAGAAUUGUCAAUGCAUUUUUCGAAGAAAGUGGAAAUGACAGGGUUAAUUUUUUGCAAUUUAUGCAAGUACUUGCUCUAUUUAGGCCGAUUAAAAAAAAUAGUCCGAAUAGGCUGAAUAAUAGGCAGGAAAAAUUGAGAUUUGCCUUUAAAAUGUAUGACUUAGAUAAUGACGAAAUGAUCUCCAAAGAUGAACUCUUAGCUAUUUUGCAUAUGAUGGUUGGUGCUAACAUUAGUGAAGAACAACUCAAUAGUAUUGUGGAGAGGACGAUUGUUGAAGCUGACGAGAACGGCGACAACAUGAUCUCGUUCGAGGAGUUCUGUAAAGUACUCGAGAGGACAGACGUCGAGCAGAAGAUGUCUAUACGUUUUCUUAGUUAGAGACAAUUUAUUAUUAUACAUAUAUGAAAAUUAAUUAAUGAACAAAUUAAUUAAUUUAAAUAAUUAUAUAUAGAAUGAACCAAGUGUAAAUAGUACUUGAUAUAUAUUUAUUUUACGGGUGAACUGCUGAUGCCAUAUACUAGCAAAUGUCUUUUAAUGAUUGAGAUUAAUGGAUCAAAUUUUCUUUUAAGUCAUUGUUAUAAUUGUUUAUUAUUAUUAUUAUUUUAUUUAAACUUGGCUGUUUAUAAAUAAUUUGAAUAAUUAUUUUUAAAGCUCAUUUUACCAAAUAUAUAAUUACAUACGAAUAAUUAUCGGCCAAUACUUUUAAUGACAAUUACUCUUGGUUAUAAAGAUAACAUAAAUGAACUUUGUACUUAUUUUUUUUGAGUGCUAAAUUAAACGUCAAUUUUAAAAAAAAAUUUGUUUACUUUUUUUCUAGGGGUAUGCGAAUCUAAUCGAAUAUAUUUAAAUUCGGAAUUUAAAAUAAUUUGAAAGUUCGAAUUAUUUGAAACUCUUAAAACUUCACGAUUCGAAUCUAAAAAAUUCUGAUCUUUCAAGUAUAAAAUUUUUAUUCAAGGCCAGCCUCAGACGGUGUCCCCCACUUUUUAAAAAUAUUCAAUGACUUUGAACUGUCAUAACAGUAUUUAAAUUUUCAUAAUUAAUAAAAAAAAAUUAAAGCAUUAAUUGAAAAACAAACAACGCAGUUACAAUUUCGCCGAGGUAUAGAAUUUAAUAAAAAUUACUGUCGUUAUCAAUUAGGAAUUAAAUGAAAUUUAUUUUUCAAAUUUCGUUUAUCUCCUAAUUGAUGUCAAUUGUAAAUCAUUUUUUUAAAAAUCUAUCUUUGCGAAAGUGUAAUUGUGUUGCCCUUUUUUCAAAUAAUGCUUCAACUAUUUUUUAAUUAAUUAUCAAAAUUUUAAUACUAUCAUUAUAACUGAAAGUCAUUGAAUAUUCCAAAAAAGCGGGGAGGGGGGCACUGUUUGAGAAUAGCCUUAAUUUUUUAAGAAACCAAAAAUAAAAUUUUGUAGAUUCGUAUCGGAGUUUUACUUUUGUACCUCUGACAAAAAUUUGAAUAAUUCGAUCUACUCGCACACCCUUAUUUUUUACAUAAGUAUUUAACCCAUUACAUUACUAUUAAUUACAACCAUAAUUAUAAGCGAUAAAAAUAAUAAUAAUUGUCUACACAUAUUUUAUAAGCCCUCAUUUUUUAUCCGUACAUAAAAAAUAAUUGUCUAUUACAAGUAAGUAUGAAUGUUUAAAAAUAAUUAAUAAAAUUUUUAAAAUAUUUAAAACUAUUGUAAAUAUACAAGUAAUUAUUAAUUAAUAUAUCUGCAUUGUAAUUGAUACCGUUAAUUAAU